AUGGUCCAAACCGCUACUCUGCCCGGCCCCGCGGGGAACUCCAAGCUGGAGAAGAAGCCCGUCAAGUUCUCCAACCUGCUGCUCGGCGCCGGCCUCAACAUGUUCGAGGUGACCACCCUGGGCCAGCCCCUCGAGGUUGUCAAGACCACCAUGGCCGCCCACCGUGGUGAUGGCUUCGGCUCGGCCCUGGGACGCGUCUGGUCCCGGGGUGGUGUUCUCGGCUUCUACCAGGGCCUCAUCCCCUGGGCCUGGAUCGAAGCCUCCACCAAGGGCGCCGUCCUCCUCUUUGUCGCCUCCGAGGCCGAGUACUACGCACGCAGCUUCGGCGCCGGCGACUUCACCGCGGGCAUCUCCGGCGGCAUCACCGGCGGUGUCGCCCAGGCCUACGCCACCAUGGGCUUCUGCACCUGCAUGAAGACCGUCGAGAUCACAAAGCACAAGCAGGCCGCCGCCGGCGUCAAGCCCCAGUCCACCUUUGCCACCUUUAUGGACAUUUACCGCAAGGAGGGCAUCGCCGGCAUCAACAAGGGCGUCAAUGCCGUCGCCAUCCGCCAGAUGACCAACUGGGGCUCCCGCUUCGGUCUCUCCCGCCUCGCCGAGGGCUGGAUCCGCUCCGCCACCGGCAAGAAAGACGGCGAGAAGCUCAGCGCCGGCGAGAAGAUCCUCGCCUCCGGUCUCGGUGGUGGCCUGUCCGCCUGGAACCAGCCCAUCGAGGUCAUCCGCGUCGAGAUGCAGUCCAAGAAGGAGGACCCCAACCGCCCCAAGAAGAUGACCGUCGGCAACACUUUCAAGUACAUCUACGGCAACAACGGCAUCAAGGGCCUCUACCGCGGUGUCGCCCCCCGUAUCGGUCUCGGUGUCUGGCAGACUAUCUGCAUGGUCGCCAUUGGUGAUAUUGCCAAGCAGUACGUCGAGGCUCUGACCGGCGACAAGGUCUCCGCCAAGCACUAA